AUGGAGAUGAACUAUGAUGAUCAGGAGCUCCAUCGAAUCGAAGAACAGCUCCACACUGAGAUCUUGCCCGGAACUGAGAUUAUGACCGAUGUUGGAACUCACCACUUCGUCAAAGGUUCCGGUUCCCACCAAGUCCUCGUGCCACAGCCUAGCGCGGACCCGAACGACCCUCUCAAUUGGUCAAGCUACCACAAAGCUGCUGCAAUUACGGCUGCGAGCUUCGUCACGUUCUCGCAGGGGUUCGGCCCAUUGGCGCUAGCGCCGAUGUUCGGGUAUUAUAUGGAGGAGUUCAACUGCACGCUCGAGGAGGCUAUUCAGUUCACCGGCGUUUGUAUCCUGGUGCUUGGGUUUAGCAACUUCUUCUGCUACGGUAGCUUCAUGGGGGCCUCCGCUCUAAAUGGCUUCGGCGCAGGGCCCGCGGAGACCAUCCAACCCUCCGUCAUCGCCGAUAUCUACUUCCUGCAUGACCGCGGCAAGUGGAAUACGCUGUACUGGGUGUGCUACAUGGGCUCUCUCAUGUUAGGUCCUAUUGUCGCCGGCCCCAUGGCCGACCAUAUAGGCUGGCGUAACUUCUGGUGGCUCAACGUGGCCAUGCUUGGUGUUUCUCUGGCCAUGGUCGUGUUCAUGUUCCCAGAGACAAGGUGGCACAGACUGCACCCAAAUGAGAUCGCACACUCCUCCCCCAACUCCUCGGCCAACGAAUUGAAAGCCUUCACCGAGAAGAUCGAGACCGGUGCUGAUAUCCAGCAAGUUCCAUCCGCAGCCUCGAUCGCUAUUCCCGACCUUGAAGCCACAGAAACAGCAGCUCGCGACCCCCACCUUGGCAAAGGCAAGCCCUCCGAGACCCAAUGGGCGCUCUUCCAAAAGAACGCGCAUCCCCUUAGAACCAUCAUCCUAGAUCUCUGGAUCCCAUGGAAGCUCUUCGCCUUUCCGAUUGUCGAGUUCGCCAGCUUCGUCACAUCAUGGAGCUGCUCCUCAUUCCUCACAAUCAACCUUACGCAGGCGCAAGCUUUUGCGGCACCGCCUUACAACCUCAGCUCCCAGACUAUAGGAUUUAUGAACUUCGCUAUACUCAUCGGUGCCUUGAUCGGCCUGCUCACCGCUGGCCCGUUAUCAGAUUGGGUGUCAGCGUACUACACCAGCCGCAACAACGGCAUCCGGGAACCGGAGAUGCGGCUGCCAGCGAUGAUUCCUUACGUAUUUAUCAUGCUGAUUGGCAACAUCGUGGUCUCCGUUGGCUGGGACAAGCACUGGUCCUGGGAGCCUAUCGUUAUCAUCGGUUUCGCCUGCGCCGGAAUACAAGUUGCCGCGCUGCCGAGUAUCGUGAGCACCUAUGCUGUGGAUUCCUACAAGCCGGUUGCGGGGAGCUUAUUUAUUCGUGGCCCCGAUUAUGACGAACGCGGGCCUUAUUACACUGUGGUGCUUGUUUGGAAUACUAUUCUAUUACAAAGGGAAGACCUUCAGGAGGUGGAGUAG